AUGAAGACAGACUGUCCCCUGCAGCCCUUCCCAGAGCCUGCAGUUCGGGCCCCACACAAGUUCUCAGGAGCACUGCGGGGCAGCGGUGACAAGGAGGUGUCCGCCCCACUGCAGAUCGCCCAGAGCCCACAGCCACCCAGAUCAUGCACUGUGGGAUCCGCAGGUAAUGGGAGUCCUGGACCGGAGCCCCAGGCAGAGCAGCCAGGCCACACCACCAGGGCCUGCCUCGUCACCCCACACGUGGUGUAUGAGGCCCAGAUGGCUGCAGCAGCUGUGCUGGCCUGGCCCAGCCUCCUCACCGGGAGCUUCCCUCUGGCUAGAGUUGCUGUUUCAUCUGCCUCUAUUCCUGUGGCCCCACUCCCGUGGAGGAAGAAGGACCCUGUUCAGCUGUGUCCUUCCUGUGAACUAGGCCUCCUUCAGGUCCCCAGGGUCCACAGCUUCCGCAGGAGGGCGCUCUUCAGGCCCUGGCUUCAGAGGAAGAGAACGCAGUUCCCUGUGGCUGCGAGGCAGCAGCAGGCAGACCUCCCUGGCCUUGGCGCCCCCGCCCCGUCCCCGGCCCCUCACCCCCCAGAACACUAUGGCUAUGCGUCCUCCAACGUCAGCCCUGCCUUGCCGCUCCCCACAGCACACUCUACCCUGCCGGCCCCAUGCCACAACCUUCAGACCUCCACACCGGGCAUCGUCCCGCCAGCGGAUCACCCCUCCGGGUACGGAGCAGCUUUGGACGGUGGGCCCACGGGCUACUUCCUCUCCUCCGGCCACGCCAGGCCAGAUGGGGCCCCUGCCCUGGAGAGUCCUCGCAUCGAGAUAACCUCAUGCUUGGGUCUGUACCACAACAACAACCAGUUUUUCCACGAUGUGGAGGUGGAAGACGUCCUCCCCAGCUCCAAACGGUCCCCCUCCACGGCCACGCUGAGUCUGCCCAGCCUGGAGGCCUACAGAGACCCCUCGUGCCUGAGCCCGGCCAGCAGCCUGUCCUCCCGCAGCUGCAACUCAGAGGCCUCCUCCUACGAGUCCAACUACUCGUACCCGUACGCGUCCCCCCAGACGUCGCCAUGGCAGUCUCCCUGCGUGUCUCCCAAGACCACGGACCCUGAGGAGGGCUUUCCCCGCGGGCUGGGGGCCUGCACGCUGCUGGGUUCCCCGCGGCACUCCCCCUCCACCUCGCCCCGCGCCAGCGUCACUGAGGAGAGCUGGCUGGGUGCCCGCUCCUCCAGGCCCGCGUCCCCGUGCAACAAGAGGAAGUACAGCCUCAACGGCCGGCAGCCGCCCUACUCACCCCACCACUCGCCCACGCCGUCCCCGCACGGCUCCCCGCGGGUCAGCGUGACCGACGACUCGUGGUUGGGCAACACCACCCAGUACACCAGCUCGGCCAUCGUGGCCGCCAUCAACGCGCUGACCACUGACAGCAGCCUGGACCUGGGGGACGGCGUCCCUGUCAAGUCCCGCAAGACCACCCUGGAGCAGCCGCCCUCGGUGGCGCUCAAGGUGGAGCCCGUCGGGGAAGACCUGGGCAGCCCCCCGCCCCCGGCCGACUUCGCGCCCGAAGACUUCUCCUCUUUCCAGCACAUCAGGAAGGGCGGCUUCUGCGACCAGUACCUGGCGGUGCCGCAGCACCCAUACCAGUGGGCGAAGCCCAAGCCCCUGUCCCCUGCGUCCUACAUGAGCCCAACCCUGCCCGCCCUGGACUGGCAGCUGCCAUCCCACUCGGGCCCGUACGAGCUUCGGAUUGAGGUGCAGCCCAAGUCCCACCACCGAGCCCACUACGAGACGGAGGGCAGCCGGGGGGCCGUGAAGGCGUCGGCUGGAGGACACCCUAUCGUGCAGCUCCAUGGCUACUUGGAGAGUGAGCCGCUGAUGCUGCAGCUUUUCAUCGGGACGGCGGACGACCGCCUGCUGCGCCCGCACGCCUUCUACCAGGUGCACCGUAUCACGGGGAAGACCGUGUCCACCACCAGCCACGAGGCCAUCCUCUCCAACACCAAAGUCCUGGAGAUCCCGCUCCUGCCGGAGAACAGCAUGCGAGCCGUCAUUGACUGUGCUGGAAUCCUGAAGCUCAGAAACUCCGACAUUGAACUUCGGAAAGGAGAGACGGACAUCGGGAGGAAGAACACACGGGUACGGCUGGUGUUCCGUGUUCACGUCCCGCAGCCCAGCGGCCGCACGCUGUCCCUGCAGGUGGCCUCCAACCCCAUCGAAUGUUCCCAGCGCUCGGCCCAGGAGCUGCCUCUUGUGGAGAAGCAGAGCACGGAUAGCUACCCGGUCAUGGGCGGAAAGAAGAUGGUCCUGUCCGGCCACAACUUCCUGCAGGACUCCAAGGUCAUUUUCGUGGAGAAAGCGCCAGAUGGCCACCACGUCUGGGAGAUGGAAGCGAAAACCGAUCGUGACCUAUGCAAGCCGAAUUCUCUGGUGGUUGAGAUCCCGCCGUUUCGGAAUCAGAGGAUAACCAGCCCUGUUCACGUCAGUUUCUACGUCUGCAACGGGAAGAGAAAGCGAAGCCAGUACCAGCGUUUCACCUACCUUCCCGCCAACGUAAAUGAAAUAAUACGAAAUGACCUCUCCAGCACGAGCACCCACUCCUAGUUGCCACAUUGGAGCACUCGGUUCAGCGGGGCUGUGCUGACUUCAGCAGACAGAGACUUUUGAAUAAAUAAACUGAACACACAGCUGGUACCACUCGGAACCUCCAGUUGGCUGAAUGCUAGGAGCUGAACAUUAAUACGUGCAACGACGUGGCUCUCCACCAAGAAGGAAAGCCCGGAAGAAGGGAGGCCACUGUGUCUCCUGGAGAAGUCAUCUCACGACAACAGAAGGGAGGUGGCUGGGCUGAGACAGGAGACCCACCGUGCAGGGGCCUUUCAUGGGAACGGCCCACAUGCAGUCUGACCCCAAGCCCAGCCCUUCUCGCAGCCCUGGGGUUCAAUACUGGAAGUGCCUUAUUUAACUCGACAGGGCAUCGUAGAACUGAGCAUUGGAUUUGCUACUGUAGGAGUAUUUGUAGGAGCAGAAACUGUAAACACAUUUCAUUGUGAGGUUUUACCCUUUGUAUGAACGAAGAGAACACUGGCAGGCUGCGGGAGGACCCUCAUACGAGUCUCCUACGUUUGGAACGUUUUCUGGGCUGUCACGUACAACCUUGCUGCCUCACCCAGUGUGUUCUAGAAUCUUCCAGUCUGUCAUCUCAGCUCUUCUGUAACACGCUUCCCUCGUCUGUGCAGUCGAAACCGUAGGCCUGUUCAUAGUCGCAUGCUAGCAUCUUUGUUUUUAAUCUGGCUUCGAACAUGGCACAAGUAAGUUGAAUAGCACAUCAAUAGGUUACUGGACAAAAGCAGAAAAACCUGCUACAGGAUAGACUGCAUUUGCAUGUGUGUACAUAUCUAGGCAUCUAUUUAUGGAUAAAUAAUAAAAGAGCCGAUGCGUCCUCGCCCGGGAGGGCUUCCCUGUCAGCAAUAACCGGCAUUCGUUUUGGAACCUGCAUCUGGGGCUCCGGGCGCUGCUCUUGCUGGCGUCCAUCGCCGCCUCGGACGGCUGUGCAUUUUCUCGUCGCGUGCAGUUCGAGGAGGACCCCAGAAAGCCAGGAGCUGUGAUUCACAGUAGCUGUAGGUUACCAGACGGCAGCAUUAGAAAGGGAUUGUAAAUAACAUGCAACAUGAGUGUAACAUAUUUGUUCAGUUAUAAGAUGAUUGUUUCACAGAAGCCUUACCACUCUUUGCUUCAUCUAAGAAAACCAAUACCAAAAACGACGCUUUAAUGAACGCUCAGCCCCGCGUAGUGUUUUCAGAUGAGUUACGGUUAACAGAUUGGUUCAUGUAGGCUUUGCUGUGGCACUUUGUACAAUUAACUGCUUAUUACGUAUGAUUACUCGCAGUGAUCUAUUGUUCCAUAUAACCCAAAAGCAUGGUUUAUUCAUUAAAACACGGUUGACCUGAACUCGUGCCUUAGGAAUUAAUGCCCCCUCAUGGAACCUGCUUGAACUGCACCUGCGGGUGGAGGCUCCGGCUGUGAACGCCACUGAUGGAGAAAGGGCUCCUGCAGGAGGAACGGCCUGUGACGUGCACUCCGCACGAUCGCGUCUCGUGUCUCCCUCACAGAAAGAAACACCCUGAAGGCCAUCCCGUCAGUCUGCACGCAACCGUGAAGACGUGUGGCCGCGUCCUGCCUGCAGCUGGGUACCCUGCACCCGGCAUCCUGGGAGUCACAUGCAGCCUUUCUCAGGGGACUGCCAUCGAAAAGGAAACGUUUGAUGUCUGUGUCAGCUGUAGUUAGGAAAUAGAUCCAAUAAAGCCGUAUUUUUUUUUGCUGGA